AUAAUUGAUGAGUCCGUUCAAAAUGUAAAGUAUAAUUGGAUGGAUCCAGAGAAAGUGCAUAAAUAUGCCUCAGAGACUAAAUUAACAAAAGGGAAAUAUGAACCAGGUUUUGCUCCCAUUGAAAGAACACACAAAGUUCAAAUAAAUAAAGUUCAUAAUGAUUGCAUGGAAUUAUUUGCAUAUUUUCACGGUAAACUUAUAGAAGCUUUAGUAAAAUGCACUAAGAAUUCCUUUGAAUUGUUAAAGAAAAAGGUCACAGUUUUAAGUUCUUCGGCUAAUGGUGACAACGAUACAAGAGAAGAAUCUCCAAUUCUGUUAGCUACAUUUAUUCUGCAAAUACCAAAUGUUGUAAUAGUACCUCCGAUAGAAGAACUACAACAUUACUUUGGGAAAUUAGUGAUUGGCGUUUUAGAGAACCAUACAAAAAUUAUUACUUGGGGACAGCGUUAUUCAGCGACAGACAAAACAAACUCUGAAGAUAAUAGAACACUUAAGAACUACUACGAUACGAUUUCUGAUCAUAAAGAAAUAGUUCGCGCUGUAAUGAGUUUACAAGGCGCAAUUCUUGCAGUAAAGGAUGAUGUAGCGCAAAUCGGCAAUAUGUAUUUACGAUUCUCGUUCAUAUGGUCUGAAGAUAGAAGUAAAAUCAUCCAGAGUUUUGUUAAUUCUGAACCAAUUUCUCAGGAGAUUAAAGAAAAAUUUAUAGAAUACGAUGACUUAAUUUCCGAAAUUGAAAAAUUGCCGAACAAGCACACAGUCGGUCCUAUAGAAAUUAACAUGGAAAAAUUAAAAUUUGCACUUUUAGUUGAAGCACGUACAUGGAAAACAUUAUUAGGUCAAGUGUUGUCUAGUACAUUUAAAGAUAAAUUAAAAAGGAUUACUGAUUACAUCAACGAGAAGAAUAAGGUUCUAGCGAGAGAAAUAAAGGACUUAGAAGAUGUAAGGGUCGCUAUGAAAUGUUUAGCCGAAAUAAGAGACGAUUUUAUAUCAUUGGACAUGGAAUUAAUAUUGAUAGACGAAACGUACAGUUUAAUGGCAAAAUUUAACAUCCCUAUAUCAAAAGAAGAACAAGAUAUCGUGGAUAGUCUACGAUACAAUUUUACAAAUAUGUUGAACACGGCUAAACAAGUACAAGCAAAAAUAUGCGAAAUGCAAGAGCCACUGAAGAAAGAAUUAACAGAUGGUGUAGCAAUUCUGAAACAGGAUGUGAUUAAUUUUGAUCUUGAUUUUGAGCUUAAUGGUCCGAUGGUUGAGGGUAUACCAGCUAAAGAAGCAAGUGAUAGACUUAUUCUGUUUCAAGGCCGUCUGGAAGAAUUGUGGGAAAGGUAUGAGACUUAUAGUAGCGGAGAAAGUUUAUUUGGUAUUGAAAGCACGGAAUAUCCGGCUCUUCAUCAGAGAAAGAGAGAAAUCAAUUUAUUACAGAAAUUAUAUAGCUUAUAUUUGCAAGUGAAUCGAACUAUCGACAGUUACUUUGAGAUACCUUGGUCUGAAAUUGAUAUCGAUUCCAUAGUAACCGAAUUAGCUGAUUUUCAGAAUAGAUGUCGACGACUACCAAAAGCCAUGACAGACUGGCCAGCAUAUAUCGACUUGAAAAAGAAGAUCGAUGAUUUUAACGAGACUUGUCCGCUACUGGAAUUAAUGGCAAAUAAGGCAAUGCAAGAAAGACACUGGGAAAGAAUGUCAAAGCUGUGUAAAUAUAACUUCAACGUUGAAUCAGAAAACUUUACAUUGGCAAAUGUGAUGGAGGCACCUUUAUUAAAAUACAAAGACGAUGUUGAGGAUAUAUGUAUCAGUGCAGUGAAAGAGCAAGAUAUAGAGAGCAAAUUAAAACAAAUUAUCGCAGAAUGGGCUGUUAUAAAUUUACAGUUCUCCCAGUUUAAGCAACGAGGAGAAUUGCUCCUGAAAGGCGUAGAAACAAACGAGAUAAUAUCUCAUCUCGAGGAUAGCUUGAUGGUGAUCAGUUCACUUUUAGCAAACCGAUACAACGCGCCUUUUAAAAAAGAUAUUCAACUAUGGCAAAGUAAACUAAGUAACACCUCGGAAAUCUUAGCAAAAUGGUUGACUGUGCAAAAUUUAUGGGCCUAUUUGGAAGCAGUAUUUAUUGGUGGUGAUAUAUCGAAGCAAUUGCCAGCAGAAGCAAAACGUUUCAAUAAUAUCGAUAAAGCUUGGAUAAAAAUUAUGUAUCGAGCACGUGAAAAAUUGAAUGCGGUGGAAACAUGUACAGGCGAUGAAACAAUGGGGCAAUUUUUACCACAUUUGUUGGAACAAUUGGAAUCCUGUCAGAAAUCUCUUAGCGGGUAUUUGGAAACAAAGAGAAGUGUAUUCCCAAGGUUCUGUUUUAUAUCAGAUCCUACAUUGCUAGAAAUACUCGGUCAAGCAGCCGAUUGUCACACUAUACAAAAUUAUCUCGAUGGAUUCUUUGACAACAUAGCAAAGAUGGACUUUUCUGAAAAAGAAUACGAGAAGAUUAUAGCCAUGUAUUCGCGCGAAAAGGAAAAGGUGGUAUUAGAGAAAGAUGUUGUAUGUACAGGAGGUGUAGAAAACUGGCUGAACACUUUGUUAGUGGCACAUCAAUUUUCUGUGGGCUGUGUGAUCUCGCAAGGGCUGCAAACACUCGAUAACGAUGACUUUGAUAUCAUACACUUGAUAGAUAAUUCAAUUUUACAAGUGGGUCUAUUAGCUUUACAAGUCCUGUGGACUCGAGAUGCUGAGGUAGCACUAAAGACAGCAAAACGGGACAGAGGAGUGAUGAAAAGGACUAACGAAUGGUUUCUUGACUUGUUAAAUAGCCUUAUUGAAGUCACUGUUAAAGAUUUGACGAAAUACGCUAGAGCAAAAUAUGAGGCUUUAAUUACAAUUCAUGUACAUCAAAGGGACAUAUUCGAUGAGCUGUUUCACCAUAGAGUCCGCAAUAUACUCGAUUUCGAAUGGUUAAAACAGAUCAGAUUUUAUUAUAAUCCUGAUAACGAAGACAUUCCUAUUCAAAUCACUGAUAUUGAUUUCACUUAUCAAAAUGAGUUCUUAGGAUGCACCGAUAGACUGGCUAUUACACCUCUUACAGAUAGGUGUUACAUAACGUUGGCCCAAGCCGUAGGUAUGAAUUUUGGGGGUGCACCCGCGGGUCCAGCAGGUACUGGAAAAACAGAAACCACGAAAGAUAUGGGGAAGGCUCUUGGAAAAUACGUCGUCGUAUUUAAUUGCUCUGAUCAAAUGGAUUUUCGCGGUCUAGGAAGAAUAUUUAAAGGAUUAGCUAUGGCUGGCAUAUGGGGUUGUUUCGACGAAUUCAAUCGAAUCGAUUUACCCGUUUUAUCGGUGGCUGCUCAACAAAUAGCAAUUGUACUCACAGCAAGAAAGGAAAGAAAGACAAAGUUUCUCUUUAGCGACGGUGAAAUCUAUUAUUUGAAUUACGAGUUCGGAAUCUUCAUCACGAUGAACCCUGGUUACGCUGGUCGCCAAGAAUUGCCAGAAAAUUUGAAGAUACAAUUUAGAAGCGUGGCUAUGAUGGUCCCUGAUAGACAAAUAAUUAUGCGCGUAAAACUGGCAGCCUGCGGUUUCAAAGAAAACGUUUUAUUGUCACGGAAAUUUUAUACAUUGUACAAAUUAUGCGAAGAACAACUCAGCAAACAAGUACAUUACGAUUUUGGUUUGAGGAAUAUAUUGUCCUGUUUACGAACUCUGGGUGCUCAGAAGCGAGCAAAUCCUACUGAUUCUGAAGAAACUACUCUGAUGAGAGUUUUAAGAGACAUGAAUCUGUCGAAGUUAGUAGAUGAAGAUGAACCUCUGUUCAUGUCUCUCAUCGAUGAUAUGUUCCCAGGAAUUAAACUCAGAGUUCAAACGUACAAAGAUUUACAAAAGGCGAUUGCAAAUGCAACUGUUGCACUUGGUAUAACGAAUCACGCCGAGUGGAACCUAAAAGUAGUUCAACUCUACGAAACCUCUCUUGUUCGUCAUGGUUUGAUGGUGCUUGGACCAACGGGAGCUGGAAAAACGCAGUGUAUGUGGACCCUUAUGAGAGCCUUGACAGAAAUGGGUAUGCCGCACAAAGAAGUUAGAAUGAAUCCCAAAGCCAUAACUGCGUCCCAAAUGUUUGGAAGGCUUGAUGUAGCGACAAACGACUGGACUGAUGGAAUAUUUUCCACUAUAUGGAGAAGAUCCACACAUACAAAGAAAAACGAAAAUUUAUGGAUGGUUCUGGAUGGACCUGUAGACGCAGUAUGGAUUGAGAACCUUAAUUCUGUCUUGGAUGACAAUAAAACAUUAACUUUAGCUAAUGGUGAUCGUAUAAUCAUGGCGUCGAACAGUAAAUUAGUCUUUGAGCCUGAUAACGUUGAUAAUGCAUCACCGGCUACGGUAUCACGUAUGGGAAUGGUGUUCAUGAGUGCUUCCGUGUUAAAGUGGAGUCCUAUUUUAGAGGUAUAUCACUUUAAGAAGGUAGAUGUAUUGCGUGGGUUCUUUAACAAAAUAUACAACGAUGCUCAUACAUAUGUUCAAACAAAGCUUCCAGUAAAAAUGGUUCUUCUAGAAGCUAUAUACAUAAGACAAUGCAUAGAUUUAUUGGAGGGUUUACUCGAGAUAUUGUCAGAUCAUCAUAUUGAAAAAAUAUUCCUGUUUUCACUUAUGUGGAGUUUAGGAGCGGUGUUAGAAUUAGAGGAACGUAACAUGUUACAGGACUUUUGUGUUCGUCACGAAUCAAAAUGUCAUUGGCCCCACUGUCAGGAAGACGAAACUAUCUUCGAGUACUUGGUAUCCGAUGAGGGACAUUGGAUACAUUGGUCUAAAAAGGUCCCAGAGUUUACAUAUCCAUCAGAUGAAGUUCUGAAUUAUUAUUCAAUUCUGGUUCCAAACAUAGAUAAUACGAGAACAUUGUUUUUAAUCGAUACUAUUGCAAAGCAGAAGAAGGCUGUACUAUUGAUAGGAGAACAGGGUACGGCGAAAACUGUAAUGAUCAAAGGUUACAUGGCCAAUUACGACCCCGAAGAGCAUUUGUAUAAAUCUUUUAGUUUUUCUUCAGCCUCCACGCCCAACAUGGUUCAGCGUGUAUUUGAGAGUUAUGUGGAGAAAAGAGUCGGAAAUACUUAUGGACCACCAGGUAGUCGCAAGAUGACCAUCUUUAUCGACGAUAUAAACAUGCCAGAAAUAAAUGAAUGGGGUGAUCAAAUUACAAACGAGAUUGUUCGUCAGUUGAUGGAAUACGGAGGCUUUUAUUCAUUAGAUAAGCCGGGUGAUUUUUGUAUUUUACAAGAUAUUCAGUUAAUCGCUGCCAUGAUUCACCCAGGCGGUGGUAGAAACGAUAUCCCUCCGAGAUUGAAAAGACAAUUUAACAUUUUUAAUUGUACUCUACCUUCAAAUAAAUCAAUGGAUACGAUUUUCAGAUCCAUUGGUGAAGGAUACUUCUGCAGCAGCAGAUUUGAAGAAAUUAUCGUGAACUUCUUACCUAAAUUGGUACCUUUGACCAGGGUGUUAUGGCAACAGACCAAGUUGAAGAUGCUGCCAACACCAGCAAAGUUUCAUUACGUUUUUAAUCUAAGAGAUCUGUCUCGAAUUUGGGAAGGUAUACUAAGAAUCGAGAGAGCUGAAUGCGACUCUGUAACCCGACUGCUGAAGCUUUGGGAACACGAGUGUACUCGUGUAAUCGCUGAUCGAUUUACAUCGAGUACAGACACCCAGUGGUUCCAAGCCACGUUAAGACGUACAGCUGAGAAGAUGUUAGGUUCCGAUUUUAAUUAUUACAUUGCCACUGAAACUUAUUUUGUCAACUUCCUGCGUGAACCACCAGAACCCACCGGGGACGAGCCAGACGAUUUUGUAUUAGAAGCGCCGAAAAUCUACGAAGAAAUACCAAGUUAUGAUGCUGUGAUCGUGAAAGUUCAUCAAAACAUGGAUCAAUUCAACGAGUAUAUUCGUGGAAUGCAACUUGAUUUAGUGUUCUUCCACGAUGCACUUGUGCAUCUGAUUCGUAUAUCGAGAAUCCUUGGUGUUCCCAGAAGCAAUGCAAUGCUCGUAGGUAUUGGAGGAUCAGGCAAACAGAGUCUAACACGUUUGGCUUCUUUUAUUGCCGGUUUUAGUUUCUUCCAAAUAACGUUAACCAGGAGUUACAAUGUUGGAAGUUUAAUAGAGGAUCUGCGGAAGGUUUACCAUGCAGCGGGUACAGGGAGCAGAGGGCAGACGUUUAUAUUCACCGACAACGAAAUAAAAGAAGAAGCUUUUCUAGAAUACAUCAACAAUAUUCUAAGCGUCGGGGAAGUUGCAAAUCUCUUCCCUCCUGAUGAACUUGACGAAGUCGUAACAGAAUCAAUUCCAUUGAUGAAGAUUGACGAUCCAAGAUGUCCACCGACACCGGAUAAUCUUUAUCGUUAUUUUAUAUCACGCGCAAGAAAUCAAUUGCACGUAGUUCUUUGCUUCUCACCAGUUGGAGAGAAAUUCAGAUCUCGGGCAUUAAAGUUCCCUGCCCUGAUAUCUGGCUGUACAAUUAAUUGGUUUUGGAAAUGGCCAAGAGAUGCAUUAUAUGAAGUGAGUAGUCACUUUUUGGAAAAGUACAAGGUGAUAUGCACUCCAGAAAUAAAGCGUCAAUUAAUUGAAGUUAUGGGAGACAUACAAGAUGAUGUUAACGAUACUUGCAUGAAAUACUUUGAUAGAUUUCGAAGAGAGACAUACGUUACUCCAAAAUCAUUUCUUACAUUUUUGGCUGGAUACAAGAUACUAUACAAACAACGUUUGGACAAUAUUAACAUGCUUGCUUUUCGUAUGAGCAGUGGUUUGAACAAAUUAGUGGAUGCUGCGGCUCAGGUCGAUGAAUUGCGAAAGGUCUUAGAAAAGAAUCAGCAGGAAAUCGCGGAGAAGAACGUGCAAGUGGAAGCUAUUCUAGUCACUGUUAACCAGAAGAAAAGCGAAGCAGAGACAGUGAAAGCAAAAGUUCAAGUUUCCAAAGAAGAGGCUGAGACCAUCUUAAAAGUAAUCUCGAAAGAAAAGUCUGUAGCGGAACAGAAAUUGAAAGCAGCUGAACCUGCGUUGCUUGCAGCAGAAGCUGCAUUACAGACUAUAAAAGCUGCUGAUAUUGCCACCGUUCGAAAACUAGGGAAACCACCUUACUUAAUUACUCUUAUAAUGGAUUGUGUGAUAAUAUUGUUUGGAAGAAAAUUAGAACCAGUUAAACCUGACUACGAUCGGCAAUUUUUAACGCCUUCUUGGCCAGAAGCUUUAAAAGUGUUGGCUGAUACUAGGUUUCUGUACAAUUUGCAAAAUUUUCCGAAGGAUAACAUCAACGCAGAGACUGUUGAUUUAAUGCAACCUUAUUUAAGUUAUCAUUUGUACACCUAUGAGGCUGCAAAACAGGCUUGCGGAAAUGUUGCUGGUCUUAUUCAGUGGACUAUUUCGAUGGUUACAUUUUAUGGGAUAAAUAAAGACGUUCUUCCUUUGAAAGCAAAUUUAGCUGUUCAAGAAAGCAAAUACGAGAAAGCGAAUCGAAACUUGUCGGAAGCUGAAAGUCUUUUGAAAGCCAAAGAUGAAGAUUUGAAAGUGGUACAACAAGAAUAUGAUGGAGUGAUGGAAGAGCGUCAAAAAAUAGUUGAUCUAGCUGAAAUUUGCCAAGCAAAAACAGAUACCGCGACUGCAAUGAUCGAAGGACUUUCGGGUGAAAGGAUCAGAUGGACCGAACAACUGGCUACAUUUAAAUCAGAAACUGAUCGUCUUGUUGGAGACAUUUUGAUCCUAGUCGGUUUCUUGUGCUAUUGUGGACCCUUUAAUCAGGAAUUUAGAAGUCUAUUACAGCGACGGUGGUUUGACUUCAUUCAAGCUCGAAAAAUUCCAAUUUCUCUCACAAUCAAUAUUACGAACUCUUUAACCGAUACUGCUACAAUCGGAGAAUGGAGUUUGCAAGGCCUACCGACAGAUGAUUUAUCCAUUCAAAAUGGAAUCAUAGUAACGAGAGCAAAUAGAUACCCUCUUUUAAUAGAUCCUCAAUUGCAAGGUAAAGCAUGGAUUAAGAACAAAGAGGAAGACUUUUCUUUGCAGGUAACACUUAUUACACACAAGUAUUUUAGAAAUCAUUUGGAAGAUUGUGUUUCUCUUGGUCGACCUUUGCUUAUUGAAAAUGUGGGAGAAGAGUUAGAUCCAGUAUUAGAUAACUUACUCGAGAAAAAUUUCAUAAAGAUAGGAACCUCGUUAAAGGUCAAAUUAGGAGAUAAAGAAGUGGAUAUUCAUCAGGAUUUCAGACUUUAUAUCACCACAAAAUUGCCAAAUCCAUCAUACAGCCCAGAGAUAUUUGCUCGUACUGCUAUAAUUGAUUUUACUGUUACCAUCAAAGGAUUAGAAGAUCAAUUAUUAGGAAGAGUGAUAUUAACCGAAAAGAAAGAACUCGAAACGGAGAAGACACAAUUGAUAGCAGAUGUAACUGCAAAUAAUAGAAAGAUUAAAGAAUUGGAAGCUAAUCUGCUACAUAAAUUAACCACUGUGGAGGGUCCCUUGAUAGAAGACGUAGAAUUAAUGUCGGUAUUAAACAUUACGAAACAAACGGCAGCCGAAAUAAACGAGAAGUUAAAUAUCGCAAAAGAUACGGAAUUAAGAAUUGACACCGCACGAGAAGAAUUUAGGCCUGUCGCAACACGUGGCAGUGUUCUAUACUUUUUAAUUUGCGAUAUGGCUCUGGUUAAUUGCAUGUAUCAAACUUCCCUCGUGCAAUUUUUAGAACGUUUCGAUAUUUCUAUGGAAAGAUCCGAGAAGAGCCCAGUUAAUCAGAGAAGAAUAAUUUAUAUCAUUGAAUAUCUCACUUAUGAAAUAUUCAGAUACAAAGCGCGAGGUCUUUAUCAGAUACAUAAAUAUAUGUUCAGCUUGUUAAUGACACUGAAGAUCGAUCUACAGCGUGAGGCUAUUACUUAUGAUGAAUUUCAGUAUCUCAUCAAAGGCGGUGCGGCUUUAGAUUUAAAUAAUGUUACACCAAAACCUUGCAAAUGGAUUUCUGAUGUCAGCUGGCUCAAUUUAGUUGCGCUUUCUUCUUUGAGACAGUUUCAAUAUAUUGUUUCUCAAGUACCAGCUUCUGAGAAACUUUGGAAAAGUUGGUUUGAUAAACCGGCCCCAGAAGAGGAAGUGAUACCAAAUGGAUAUAAUAAUUUGGAUACUUUUCGACGCUUAUUGUUAAUAAGAGCUUGGUGCAUGGACAGAACGUUAUCACAAUCACGAAAGUAUAUCGCCCAUUCAUUAGGAGAAAAAUAUGCGGAACCUGUUAUUACUCGUUUGGAUGUAAUGCACAGUGAAUCAAGGCCAGAUACACCAAUGAUUUGUUUCUUAAGUAUGGGGUCGGAUCCGACUCCUGGUAUCGAACAACUUGCUAAGAGAAUGGAGGUUCGAUGCAAAAGUAUUUCAAUGGGUCAAGGACAGGAAGUUCAUGCGCGGAAAUUGCUUCAAAGUGCCAAAACUGAAGGUUACUGGGCGUUAUGUCAAAAUUGUCAUUUAGGUUUAGAAUACAUGGAAGAAUUGAUUCUUUUUAUUUCGGAGAUGGAGGAUCCAGAUCCUAAUUUUCGUAUAUGGAUCACAACAGAACCCCAUAAACAAUUUCCAAUAUCUCUUCUUCAAAUGUCCAUAAAAUAUACUUAUGAACCUCCACAAGGGGUACGAGCCGGUUUGCUUUCUACGUAUAGUGGCAUGAAUCAAGACAUGCUAGAUCAGUGUGAUGCUCCACAAUAUAUACCAAUUAUAUAUACAGUAUCAUUUUUGCAUACUGUUGUUCAAGAACGACGAAAAUUUGGACCUCUAGGUUGGAAUAUACCAUACGAAUUUAAUCUAUCCGAUUGGUUGGCAUCUUGCAUAUUCAUUAACAACCAUCUGAAUGAUGCUGACAUAAAACAAGGAAUUAGUUGGCAGACUGUUAGAUAUAUGAUAGGAGAGGUGCAAUACGGAGGACGUGUUACAGAUGACUAUGACAAAAGAUUGUUAAACACAUUUACCAAGAUUUGGUUCUCAGAGGCACUAUUUUCUGAAGAUUUUGUAUUCUACAAAGGAUAUUCGGUCCUUGUUUAUAAGCAAGUUACAGAUUACUUGAAGGUAGUAGAAGAAAUGGCUUCUAUAGAUCCACCUCAAGUUUAUGGGUUGCAUCCUAAUGCAGAUAUUACAUAUCAAGCAAGUAGUACACAAGCUGUAUUAGAUACAAUAAUGUCUGUGCAACCGAAAGAGGCGGGUGCCGAUGGUGGUGAAUCUAGAGAAGCACUUGUAACCAGACAAUCAAAGGAUAUGCUAGCAAAAUUACCACCACCUUAUGAUCCAUUUGAAGUAAAAUAUAGAUUACAGUUAUUAGGUAGUACUGCACCAAUGAAUAUUUUCUUAAAGCAAGAAAUUGAUAGAAUAGAAGUAGUUAUUGAACUCGUGAAUAAGAUGCUCAACAAUCUUCUACUUGCCAUAGAAGGUGUUAUAAUAAUGAGUGAGGAAUUGAGAGAUGCUCUUGAUAAUAUAUAUGAUGCCAGGAUACCAAAAGCAUGGAAAGCUAAGUCAUGGGAAUCUUCCACUCUUGGGUUUUGGUUUACUGAACUAUUAGAUAGAAAUAAGCAAUUUUCUACUUGGUUGAAUAGUGGAAGGCCUGUCAAAUUCUGGAUGACCGGAUUCUUUAAUCCUCAAGGAUUUCUUACUGCAAUGCGUCAGGAAGUAACAAGAGCUCAUAAAGGAUGGGCUCUAGACAAUGUUACAUUACAUAAUGAUGUUUUACGAUAUUCAGUAGAAGAAAUAAAGACCCCACCUCACGAGGGAGUAUAUGUGUAUGGAUUAUACCUUGAAGGGGCUGGUUGGGAUAAAAGAAACAAUAUAUUAUGUGAAUCAGCAAAUAAAGUUUUAUACGUGUUAAUGCCUGUGAUUCAUAUUUUUGCCUUGUACAACCUUCCAGAUAAAGAUCCAAAAUUAUAUCAGUGUCCAGUGUAUAAAAAGCCAAGUAGAACAUACAUGCUAUUAGUAACACCGUUAUGGUUACAAACAAAAAGACCACCCGAUUUUUGGAUUAUACGCGGAGUUGCAUUACUAUGCGAUGUUAAAUAA